ACACGGCUGGCUCCUAUUUAAAUGAUGAAAUAUGGGAAGAUAUGGGAAGCUCCCAGUCUCCCACUGCAGCCUCUCGCUGACUCCACCUGGUUCCAUAAAUGAAACUUGAGUGGUUUCCUCCCCAUCCUGAGCCUAGAGAUCGAAACGUGAUACGAGAUGCCAAAGUCCCUUGCAGUCCUUCCUGUCAUCGCUGCAUUUCCUCCGAUUCAGCCAAAGUCCUUUUCUCUUUUCUAAGACUCGGAUCGGUCCUUGCCAGUGAUCAGCGAUUUCAGAUUCCUGAGGAGAAAACUAUUUGGGAACUGGCCUUGCCUUCGUCUCUGUCGGGAUGUUUUUUCUGUGGCUCCAACUCCCUUUCCUUUCCCUCUUCCACUUCCUGUUUACGUCAGUCCAGCUGUGCGAAAUCCCUGCAGGAAACCUUGAGCUCAUCCAGGCCCUGAAUUCGGAGCUCCUAAAGGCAGUGGACGAUGGGUCCCAGGAACCGGACCCGAGCCUCUAUUUGGCCCUUCGACUUUCCAACGAGCACAACCUGGAGAAGGAAAGAGAGUAUCUCGACCGACUGACGGGCGUCUAUCAGCCUCAAAGCAGCCGCUCCGGGAUCCCUUUGGAGCCCAGCCGACGGAAGAAAUCCGGGACAGGAGAGCUGGCUUUGUAUCUCCUUGGGCUGCGGGCUGCUUGUCAGAACAUGGAUACCCCAGAGAGGAGCCGAUUGGUGACCCAGUUGAAGCUUCUCUUGAAUAAAGAAAUGAAGCAGAUCGGUAAGAAUUAAUUCCCCGAUCCCAGUUAUUUUUUACGGGGGUUUCCCCACCUGUUUUGAUCCGGGCUUCCCCAAAAAGCAGG